AUGAAACUUAUACAAUUACAGAUUUUAAAGAAUACAAUCGAUUCACAAUUAGAAUUAUUCAGUAAACCAAAGUCAUUCAAAGAGUAUUAUGAAGAUGAAACAUAUGGCCGAACAGGUAAUCAAGAGGUUUACUUUGAAUGUUUCACGCUAAGAAAUCAACUUCUCGACUAUGCUUUAGUUUGUAAAAAUUGGUUUCAAUAUGUAUCAAUCAACUAUUUUAAUGCUCACUACUUGGCCUAUAAUAGUAGAAACAAUCAGUACCUAAGUAAAAUUAAAGAGAGUAUUUUCUCUUUGUUUCAAGUUGCCAAUAUCAAAGAAUUGUUUUUCUUUGACACUGAUUAUCACAAAUCCAUUGGUACUGCUUUGGAGCACAUUCGAAAAUUAACAUCAUUAGAAAGAAUCAAUUUACACACAGUUAAUUAUGAGCUUGCUACAGAGAUCAAUAGAACAUUCCCACAUUUAAAACUUCAAUUGGUUUUGAUUGAUUAUAUCAUGGAGGACUUUAGCUUUAGCAACUUAGAUUCGAUUGAAUUUGUUCACAUGGAUAUCAAUGAUUUAGCAAGAGAAAUCAUUUAUGAUGGACCUGGAUUCGAAUUGGAUUUCAGUAUUUUCGAUAGGUGGAGAGUAAAUUCAAUGUUUUUAGAGUAUGAUGAAGCAUGUGGAGGUGGUGUUUAUCAUAUCUCAUACUCUAAACUCUUUCAAAUUCAAACAUUACGUUAUCUUACAAUAGAUAAGGUCGAUCAUGUCAAUGCCAGUGAACUUGUUGAUUCGAUCAAUGAUCAUCUGGUAAGACUGAAGAUCUCUGUUUUAUUUAGUGGAUUCAGUUUGGAAGAAGAGGAUAAUGUUAGCUAUGUCGAUGAUGAAGAGAGCAAAGAGUAUUGCAACAUGUGCGACAACAUGUAUAAUCACAAGACUGAAAUAAUCUCAACUCACAGAUUAUCGCAUUGGGUAGACUUUUGCUCUAAACUUGCCACAAACAAAACACUAGAGAAACUAUCAUUGAGCAACUAUUGCAAAGCACACGUAAUUAAAAGCCAAGAUGUUACUCAGAUAUCAUAUCUACUCAGCCAAUCACUCACAAGCAAUAACACAUUGAAAUCAUUAGCAAUAUCAUGCUAUGUACUAGACGAAGCAUUCUUUCAAUCACUUUCGCAGUAUAAAUCAAUCAAUAGUCUUAAACUCUAUGAUUUAACUCAAUUACACCUUCAAUUUCUUUGUGCAGCUCUAAAGACAAAUAACACAAUUCAAUAUUUAAAUAUAUCAUCCUAUGCAGAUCCCCAUCAAAAAGAAGCAUUCGCUGAAUUCUUGACGAGUUUAGACGAUAAUAAUACUUUAUCUGAAAUUAAAGUUGCGAUAUUGUUUGAAGAACAUCAACUUGAAGAUUUUAUCCCUGAAAAUCUUCGAUCUAACCAUCAUGUAGUUUAUAAAGAAUUUCUACAAUACAGACAACUCUACGUGAGGCGAGAUGUAAAGAACAAACAAUAA